CACUCUUCCUUUGGUCUUCCGUGUCAACAUGGCGGCAUCCAUGGCAUCCCAGGCUGCAGCAAAAGGACUGAGGAUAACAACCUCAAAGCACAUACUUCUGGACAAGAUCAAGUGCACCUGGUUGAGUCCCAGGAGAUGGCUGAAUCUGCAGGAGUACCAGAGCAAGAAGCUGAUGCAAGAGAGUGGCGUGGCUGUCCAGCGCUUCUACGUGGCCGACACAGCUUCCGAAGCCCUGGAGGCUGCAAAGAGACUCAAUGCCAAGGAGAUCGUUUUGAAAGCUCAAAUCCUGGCCGGUGGCAGAGGCAAGGGUGUGUUCGACAGUGGUCUUAAAGGUGGAGUGCACUUAACGAAGGACCCUGCUGUGGUUGGUGAACUGGCCAAUCAGAUGCUGGGUUUUAACCUGACUACCAAGCAGACGCCCAAAGAUGGAGUGAAAGUGAAAACGGUGAUGGUUGCUGAGGCCCUUGACAUUACCAGGGAGACGUACUUUGCCAUCCUGAUGGACCGCGCCUGUAAUGGCCCUGUCAUGGUAGGCAGCCCCCAGGGUGGUAUGGAUAUCGAGGAGGUAGCUGAAAAGACCCCAGAACUCAUCUUUAAGGAAGUCAUUGAUAUUUUUGAAGGCGUGCGAGACGACCAGGCUCUUCGCAUGGCAGCUAAUUUGGAAUUCAAAGGACCACUGCAGAGACAGGCGGCAGAUCAGAUUAAGAGUCUCUAUGAUCUGUUCAUGAAAGUCGACGCCACUCAAGUCGAAGUCAAUCCUUUCGGAGAAACUCCCCAAGGACAAGUGGUUUGCUUUGAUGCUAAGAUCAACUUUGAUGACAAUGCCGAGUUCCGACAGAAAAGCGUGUUUGCCAUGGACGACAUGAGUGAGAGCGACCCCACGGAGAUGGAGGCUGCCAAGUGGGACCUCAAAUACAUCGGACUGGAUGGAAACAUCGCCUGCUUCGUGAAUGGAGCCGGUUUGGCCAUGGCCACAUGUGACAUCAUUGACCUACAUGGAGGAAAGCCAGCUAACUUCCUGGACCUGGGGGGAGGAGUCCAAGAGAGGCAGGUGUACGAGGCCUUUAAGCUGCUUACUGCUGACCCCAAGGUUGAGGCCAUCCUGGUCAACAUCUUCGGAGGGAUUGUCAACUGUGCAAUUAUUGCCAACGGCAUUACCAAGGCCUGUCGAGAGCUGGAGCUGAAGGUGCCGCUGGUGGUCAGACUGGAAGGGACCAACGUCGACGAGGCCAAGAGGAUCCUAUCGGAGAGCGGCCUGCCCAUCACAGCAGCGGAGAACCUGGAUGACGCCGCCAAAAAAGCUGUGGCUGCCAUCAGGAAAUAGAUUCAGUGUAACCUCACCGCCCCCCCCAUCAGCUCAUCCAUACAGCCUCAGAUCACAGUCAGCUUUUAUUCACACAUGCAGGAUUUCAAGCCUUUGCUCUCAUAGGCCUUAACAACAAAGUAACAAAUCUAGUUUUUAAAGGAUAUUAAUUGGAACAAAACACAGUCUUGUAAACAUAAUCAUGUCUUGAAAUAUCAUAAAGCUCCAGUGUCCUCUGGCAGGAAUUGGAUGGAUGUCUAAGACUUUUUGCAUUCCUUUUUCCCAGGCCAAAGACGCGGCUUUCCCUCUGCUUAGUGAGGCUUUUUGUUUUUACCUCCAUCCUUUAUAGUUUAAAGGUAUAGUAUGACUGACAACAGCCGGUGUUUUGAAAUCAUUUGAUGCCACUAAGCUAAAAACAAAGGCAACACUACAGCUAGUUGUUAACUUUGGAUCAUCAGUCUUCAUUCUAAUUUUCCAAGUUAAUACAAAUCCAUUAAUCCAUCCAAUGCCUUGUCUAAGUAUCAAAUGAGAUGUAUGCCAUACCCACACUGUGAACUUCGUACAACAUGUCUUAACUCUUAAGUGCUCUAUGGAAAAUGUAAUGAUUACACCUGUGCCUAUUCCAUGGCGGCUAAAGGGUUGUGAUGCUAUCUUGCCAACCCUUCCAGUAUUUUCAUACAGAGUUGUGGAGAAAACAGAAAUCUUAUAUACAAUUGUAGCUUUUUUUACAAUCAUAAAUGUACAGUCUAUUGACCGGAUAUAUCUUGAAUGCAGUGUCAAAACUGUACAUAAUUUCAGAGAUUAAAAAGAAAUAUUACAACA